CUGGAAAGUAUCACAGUGCCUCCUCAGCAUUCACCACCUCAAAGUCCUGAUUCCAAUACCAUCAACAAAACAACUCACUCACUCAAGAUGCUCGCCAACAUCAUCUCCGUUGCGCUGCCCAUCAUGGCCACUGCUAAAGCUUCCCCAAUCGGAACCAUGCCGGAUACUAAGGAGGUGAACUCCACCACCCUCGAGACACCCGACGUCAAAGCCGCCGCCGGCUACAGUGGCAGAUUCACUCACUACGCUCCUGGCCUGGGUGCCUGUGGCCAGUAUCACUCGGGCGCUGACUGGAUUGUCGCGCUCAGCCACAUCAUCUUCGACCCGAAUACCCCCAACGGCAAUCCGAACAACAAUGCGCUCUGCGGUCGCCGCUUGCGUGCUUGGUACGGAGGAAAGCAAGUCGACUUCACCGUCGUUGACCGCUGCGAAGCUUGCGGCGAGCAUGAUAUGAUCUGA